AUGGCGGAUGCCGAUGAUUACCUCCAAGAGGGUUUCGAUCCGCGCAGCGUGACGGUGCCACGCUUGCGGUCCAUUCUUGUCACGCACAAUGUGGACUAUCCCUCAACAGCGAAGAAGGGGCAACUGGUAGAUUUGGUCAACCAUCACGUUUUAUCACAAGCUUCGAAGCUGCGAGCGCAAAGAGCCAAGGCGAAGCGAUCCAGCUUAGGGUUCGUCAAUGCAGGCAGUGCCGAAGAUUCCAACAACGCUUUGGAUGAACACGACACGCGCUCGCGCUCGCGCCAUUCGUCUAUUCGCAGCUCAAUAUCACCAAGGAAGAGCUCGGGCAGAAUUAAGAUGGAGCCCGAGGAACCCGAAUCCAAUAUUCUGCGCAGUCCGCGCAAGCGCAGCUCGAGAUCGGCCAGCCGGCAACUAUCACAUUUUGAUGAAGAUGACGGAACCGCCUCCGUUGCGUCCAAGUCGACGCGUCGCAGCAGCAGAAGGGCCGUCACCCCUCAAAUAAAGGAUGAGUCGGAAGAGGAAGAGUAUCACGCUCAUGUUGAUCACUCAAACGAAUACCUGCAGCCGCCAGCGGUAGAGGGGGGGGAAGGGUACGACGAAUCCGUCUUCACCGACGACAACCCCUUUCAAAGCGGAAGCUCCCCGCCGCCAACGACAACUCCAAGCAUCCGUCGCCGCACUCUGGGCGAGGACGUCUCCAGGAGCGCGCGAUCUGCAAGAAGACGAACUGAUGGGACCCCCGAUCGAGCAAAGAAGUCCAGAUUGUCAGAAAUUCCAGUCCCCAAGUUGGGUCAAAGAACCCCUGAAUUCGCUUUGGAGCCUGGCGAGGAGUUUACGGCAGAUGAGCAGCUCGAAUUGGAGGAAGCACAAAGUGCGGGAGAAGUCGCUCCAAUUUCGCGCAAGGGCCGUAAACCAGCCCGUCAAACAAGCGUGCUGACACCACUCUUUGUACUUCUGAUGGCGCUUUUUGGCGCUUAUGGAGCUUGGUAUCGACAAGAGAAGCUCGCUGUCGGAUACUGCGGCCUUGGUAGGCAGGCCAAGCCACUCCUGCCGCCGGAAAUUGUGGUUCCUGAUGCGAUAUUGCCCUUUGUUGAACCGCAAUGCGAACCAUGCCCUCCAAAUGCCUAUUGCUACGAGGGCUUCAAAGUAAGAUGCGUUCAAGGAUUCAUCCAAAGACCUCAUCCAUUGUCAUUUGGCGGACUCGUCCCUCUUCCACCAACAUGUGAACCCGAUAGCGAGCAAGAACGCCGCGUUCAGGCCGUAGCUGACAAGGCGAUUGAGGCGCUUAGAGAGCGCCGAGCCAAGUAUGAGUGCGGCGACUUGGUCGACGAAGCUGGUCAACAGGAAAAGUCACCCGCAAUUGCAGAGGAAGAGCUAAAACAUGUUGUCAGCAAGAAAAGGAACAAGAGACUUAGUGAUGAAGAAUUUGAUGGCCUAUGGGAGAAGGCCAUUGGCAAAGUCACGACAAGAGACGAAGUCGAGGUACAGGUCGAGACAACGCAGACAACGCAACCACCCGGUUCCUCCAAUCUUCAAACCAUCAAGCUAUCGUCAACCUCUCUCGCUCGCCUUCCGCUCGCCUGCGCCAUCAAGCGGUCAAUCUGGCUCGGACUGGCAAGAUAUCGACUCGCAAUUGGAUUUUUGAUCUUCUUGGCCCUCGGAAGCUUGAAUCUACGCUCACGAUACCGUCGUCACGUUGCAACAUCUGCACAGGUUCCAGCCCUCGUAGACUUGGUCAUGCAGCGACUUGCAGACCAGCGGGAGCUUGGAGAAGAGGAUCUUGACGAUCCCUGGCUCUUCCUGCCAAACCUAAGAGAUGACGUCCUGCGGUCUAUUCACACUCUCUCUGAGCGAGAGAGAAUCUGGCAGAAAGUCAGGGCCAUCGUUGAGCAGAACAGCAAUGUUCGCAUUAGCCAAAGGGAAGGCCGAAGCGGAGAAGUAGGCCGUGCUUGGGAAUGGAUUGGCCCUAGUAAGGGUGAGGGGGCGAGGAGACGACGUAGUGGGAGGGUUUCAUGGAUGUCGGAGUCGAAGGAGACGCCUGACUCAAGAGACAGGAUCGACGCUAGAAAAUGGGACGAGUCAAGGCCAAUUUAUUAG